AUGAGAAGACCCGGAUACUUUAUUGUGCUCACGCUCUCCUGCACGCUGGUGUUCCUCUAUGCAAUCGAGCUUUCGCUGCGCAACUCCUGGCGCUCGUCCGAGGAUAUCGUCGUCCGGGCAUCGUCAAAGGGCAGCAUGGCUCCAUACAAGAUCCAUCCCGAGCAGUUGAAGAUCAAGGAUCUGCCGUAUCGGCAUGUGCCUGGUCGGGAGAAUGCUUGCAUCAUCAUGCUGGCACGCAACUCGGACAGGGACGAUGUCGUCAAGACCCUCGCCACGUUCGAGCCCACCUUCAACGCCCGCUUUCUGUAUCCGUAUGUGUUUUUCAACCAAGAGCCCUUCGAUGACGACUUCAAGGCCGCGGUCUCCAGUGCGACAGAGGCAGAGGUCCGCUUCGAGCUGAUCCCGCAGGAUCAGUGGUCCAUUCCUUCCCGCUACGACCGAUCGGCCGUGCUGGAGUCCUUCAGGAAGCAGGGCGAGCGACCCGGCCUCAAGGCCGAUUUGGAGAACUACCAUCACAUGUGCCGCUACUUCUCUGGGUUCUUUGCCACCCAUCCAGCCCUGAGGGAGUUCAAGUACUACUGGAGGAUCGAGCCCGACGUUUCCUAUUACUGCACGCUCGACUAUGAUCCGUUUGAGCUGAUGCGAAAGUGGAACAAGACCUACGGCUUCACUUUUGUUGGGGUCGAGGAUCCGUGGACGGUGCCGACGCUUUGGAACUCGACCCUGGAGUAUCUCCACUCGCGCAGCCGGAGCUUUCCACCCCACCUGCGGGCCUUUGACCAGCGAACCGGCAACGAGCCCGAGUCUGAAAGUGACUACAACUACUUUUACUUUUUCAACAACUUUGAGAUUGCCGAUCUCGAUUUUUUCCGAUCCGACGAGUACCUGGACUACUUCAAGUUUCUGGACGACAGAGGCGGAUUCUUUUUCGAGCGAUGGGGAGAUGCCCCCGUUCAUACCCUUGGGGCCGCCCUCUUUCUUGAUCCGAGUCAGAUGCAGUAUUUCCAUGACGUUGAGUACGGCAUAACCAACAAGAACUGUCACUGUCGGGAUCGAAUGCCCGAGGACCCUGACCAGCGCAUCUCGGAAUCACCCUGGGAUGACGCUCUCAAACACUACCUUCGCGUUGUCCCCGAGCUCAGCCUCGAGAAGCAUCUGCGCUGA